AUGCCUUUGACUUUCAACCCACGAGACUGGCAGCGUCAGAUUAAAAACGAGAUGUUUCGCUGUUCUACCAAUCCCCAAAGUAUACAGCUAGACCGUCUCAAUGAGGCAUUGGCCUCUGAUGCUUUAUGGUGGGCAAAAGAGCUACCUAAGGACGCACUGCAGGCGAUGGUGCAAAACAGCCUUUGCUUUGGACUAUACAAAGUUUCCGAGGUCCAUAGCCAAGAUCAGACUGGAGAGCUCACAAUGAUCGGGCUGUCUAGGGUCAUCACUGAUCAUGUAACCUUUGGCUGGCUGACUGAUGUCUACGUUCUCGAGGAACAUCAGAGAAAGGGGCUCGCGAGGUUCAUGAUGGAGUGUCUGGACGAGGUCCUCAAUGACCUCCCACAUCUGCGGCGCCUGCUGAUCUUGAGCCGAGACGACGGUGCAAUGAGAAUAUACAGAAGUGCACUGUCCGCAAAAGACUGGCAGCCUCCAGAGGGCACAAAGUUUCUGGCAAAGGUGGGUUCUUCCAAGAAGCCGGCUUUCGCCGAACCAAGUAUCGUUGGAAAUCAGACAUGA